AUUCCGCUAAAAAUGUCGCAAUACGCCACCGCCAUUGCAGCUUCAUAAACAACCGCGCAGAAAGAAAAUCUAUUUAUGAAAUCAAUUGUUCAACGAUAAUUUCUUCUUAGAUUGAAAGAUCAAUACGAAGGAAUUUUCGCGGUCGUGAUGAGGGGUUUGCCCAGACUGAUAGCAGGGCAACGAGCCCAUCUUUGCCGGAGAUUGAAACCCUACGUUGAUACCGGUGCUGCACGGCAUGCUUCUCGCCGUCUGUUAUCCAUUUCUUCUUCGAAUAAUGUUUUCUCUCAUUUCACAUCAUCGACUUCAAGACCAGUUGUCCCAUCUUCGUAUGCGUCAUCUGGUUUAGUCAAUUUCGCAGGGCAGAGGAGGACCAUGUUUAUCCAAACACAAUCUACUCCUAAUCCUUUAUCAUUGAUGUUUUAUCCUGGGAAGCCAGUGAUGGAGGUUGGGAGCGCAGACUUCCCAAAUGCCCGUACGGCUAUGAAUUCCCCAUUGGCGAAGGCCCUCUAUGGAAUUGAUGGAAUUACUCGUGUUUUCUAUGGUUCAGAUUUUGUAACUGUAACAAAGUCAGAAGAUGCUUCCUGGGACUUCCUAAAACCUGAAAUAUUUGCUGCAAUUAUGGACUUCUACUCAUCUGGGAAUCCCCUAUUUCUGGACUCGGCGACUGCAGCUUCCAAGGAUACAGCUAUUCAUGAAGAUGACUCUGAAAUUGUUGCAAUGAUCAAAGAACUGUUGGAAACUCGUAUACGACCUGCUGUGCAGGAUGACGGUGGGGAUAUCGAGUACAUUGGAUUUGAUCCAGAAUCUGGAGUUGUCAAGCUAAAAAUGCAAGGAGCAUGUAGUGGCUGCCCCAGCUCAUCUGUCACUCUGAAAUCAGGCAUCGAAAAUAUGCUGAUGCAUUAUGUACCCGAGGUUAAAGCUGUGGAACAGGAACUUGAUCUUGAAGAUGAAAAUGGAGAAUUAACAAGCCAACUGGACUGAGGUAACCCUGGUUCUUUCUUCUCAGAAUGAGACAAAACAGUGAUAAAGAAUCGUAGAGAAUUUGGUAUCAAGUUAUUUACAACCGGUUUUUGUUACGAUUUGUAUGUAUUGGUCAUUAGCCACAGUUUCUUAUAAAUUGUAGCCAGGCAUGUUCUCUUUUGGACCAUAAGACUAUGAAAUAAUCCUUUCGCACCCAGAAGCAAAUUAAGGUCCCUUUUGUUGGUUAA